GAAAUAUUGUUUACACCAGAAAACAUGUUUAUUAUGGAGCUCCAACAUUGUUGUUAUUGUGGAGCACUCCUAUACAGUAGGUGGCGGUGUCCAACUUUCAAGUCCAGCAUAUGAUUACAUUACUGUGAUCAGGAACAGGAAAAAUAAUCUCACCAGUGAGCUACAAACAAAGCUAGCUAGCUAUCCAUGUUUAGUUUCUGAUAUUAUUGUAUUUGUUUGAAUAGCUUGCUAGAUACUCAUAAUAUAGAAAACACAAAGACUGUUUUCAUAUUGAAAAGAGGCCAAAAGCGUCGGGGGACAAUGUCGGGUUCCGUGGUCGAGUUCCAGGCGCAGAUAGCCUCAAUCAUGGAGGUGCUAGCCAACGCGGCUGUUGCCGAAAUCUGCAAAGUUGUUGACGAUGGCUAUGCGGUUGUACACCUGAAGAUGUCCCAAAGCCACAAGGAGAACGAAUUUCUCCGGAGGAAAAUGAAAUUGAUGGAACUUCAGAUCACCAGAUUUCGAGCAGAUAGAACAAAGUCUUCAGAGGGGUCCGUCCACAAUCGCUUUCAUGGAAUACGCCUCCUAAACAGACACAACCAUCGUGAGACGGCAACGACAGGACCUACUUGGCAAAGCAGAGCCAGACUUUCCAACAGAAGUUUUGGGAACAGCAGCAUUCAAAGAGACAGACAGCCCAUAGACGUGGACCAAGACGAUGUCUCUCCAUCAAAGCAUAUGGAUGCUACAAGUGAUGAGCAGUCAGCAGAGACAGAGGAAGGGGAACCAGACCUGCUGAUCAUCAAGGUGGAGGGAGAAGCAGGUGACCAGGACUGUAGGUUCAGCCACCCAGCUAGAACAGUGGAGGGCAGCAGAGAACUAACCACCCAACCGGCUGCAGCCACCACAGAGGACCCCGCCUUCCAGUCCAGUGGCCCCAGAGGCAACAACAACAACUACAACAACACCGCUAUGGAGGCCAAAUCUACUGUGGAAGGGGAGAGAGACCUCCAGCCAUGGAAGAAAGAAGAGGGUCUGAGGGAGAUGCCAGGUACUGAUAGUGGCCACAGAAUGACAGACCCAAACACACCGACCUCUCUAGACACGGACCAAACAGAGCUCACUCAGGAGCUCAGAACCAAACACAGCAUAGUGACUGUCAACAGAUCAGACACUGUUUUCAAGUCAGACCCGGAGCCUGAGAGCCUGAGCCAGGUGUUCCAACUCACAGGUCCAGGACCUGUUGCUAAACAGCAGUGCAGCCUAAACCGCGAGAGAACAACCGAUCUGCCUGUAAACUCCCAUAAGCGAAGAGGCAGUGAUACAGAGAAUGAUCGGCCGUCUUGUUCUAGUUAUGUUGCCAAGACAGUCUCAGGAAGCCCCUCACCUCUCACAAAGCUGAACCCUAUUCCCCCACUUCCUCAGAUGGUGAGGAGUGAACACGAGUAUUCCCAGGUCGAUUCAGAAGUCAUGUCGGAGGUCAUAGUUAUCGACCCCCUUCCUGUUGACGAUGGGGAUGGCACGCCCUCGUCCUGGAGACAAGGUGACAUCAUGGAACACGGGCAUCAUCAAGGAGGACAUAGUGAAGCAGAUGCCAUGCUUCUCGGAGGACAUUCGAGUAACGCUUAUCAUCAUCUUCAUCAUCCUCACCCAGGUGUCCAGCCAGCAGCGAGACAGAACUCACCUGACAAUCACUUCUACACCAUCGGCAUGGACGGCGCUUUCCACAACCGCCUCAGCACCUUUCAGAACCCCGCAACCACCGCCACUCCAUACGCCACGGGAACCGAGGAGCUGCAGUACCCCACCUGGGUAGAUUUCCCUGGGAGCGCCCCCGACACCCACCUGGGCGACGUGACUGGGACUCAUCAGGACAGAGGGUCUAGGGAGGAGGGGGCGAGGUCCUACAGGUGCACCUUCUGUGAGAGGGAGUACCCUCACCUGUGCCAGCUCAAGAUGCACCAGAGGGUUCACACAGGGGAGAAACCGUACGAGUGCGCCCUGUGUGGGAAGCAGUUCAGCCAGCUGUGCAGCCUGAAGCGGCACCAGAGAGUACACACAGGGGAGAAACCUUUCAGAUGCGCUCAAUGCGGGAAACAGUUCUCUCAUUCCAGCAAUUUAAAAGUGCAUCAGAGCGUCCAUACGGGUGAGAAACUGUUCCACUGCACCCAGUGUGGGAAGAACUUCUCCUUUCUGAGCAAUCUGAUAAGACACCAGACAGUUCACGCACGAAAAUUAUAGGUUGUGUUGUGAUUUGGGAUUGUGUUUUCUGAAUUGAUUGUAAAUUGUAUGUGUAUGAUUGCUCUGGCUUAAAGGUUGUUACCUGUGUAUUUCUCCCCUGACUGUUAUUUUGUAUUCUGGAGCCUUUUGUAAAAAUGUUAUAAAAAGAAGUGACACUAAAUGUUUGACUGCAGAUUAUUAUAUUGGUUCAUGUUGGUUAUUUUUGUCUAAAAUGUUCAACUUAUUGUAUAAAUUCCUACAGUAUUUGUGACGCAAAGUGUUGAAAAUAAUCAGGCAAAACUAAGAUUUUGUCACAAUCAACAUGCUUGUGUUAAAGUUCAAAAGAAAUAAAGCAACUCAUGGGAAAUUUGAAAAAGGUAUUGUCUUUGAGAAUGAGAGUAAUACAUUUAGCUUUAUCUCAGCAAAUACAUCUCUGUGAUCUGUGUUUACGGUAAACUGUCUCCGGAAGUAGAUUGUUUAACCACAUAAGGGUUUUACUCGGGAAAGUUUGUUUGCUAGCUAAAUAAUAACAAAGAUGUCCAACUUCGUCGUUUUUCGUGCGCGUGUAGAUUCCGUUAGGGAAACUUUUAAUGGCAACAGUCGUACGAGCAGUGUGUCAAAUAAUGGAAGAAUUCCUCUGAAUUUGGCUCUACUGUUUGAACCAUUUUGGCAAUAAACUAUUAUGACCCCCUUCCUGAAAUAUGGACAUAUCUUCGGUUCCCCUCAAUGACGAUCACAUGGUGUGUUAGAAGGGAGUGACACAAAAAAAGUGUUUCCCAUAAGUAA